AUGUCUCUCGAGAUGAUAAAUUCAGCUUCCGAUACAAUUCAAACUCUACUGUAUAAACGCCCCCCCAAUAUCGCAAUUUUCGUUCCAGAGUUGAUGAUAUUAUCCUUCAAGGCACAAGGCUAUUGGACCUCUACCACCCUCUCAACUUCUACAACUACGAUACUCCAUACAUUUGGCCUCGCCACCACUUUUCGAAACCUCUCUCCAACCCUCGGUCUAGGGAUUAGUUCUAUAAACCGUUCGAGAAACCAUCCAAGUUAUCUCGAUUCCCUCCUCCAACAGAAGAAAGUAUUUGGAAGAUAUAUAAGCUUUUAUGAUAUUUCUAACCCUGAUGAGUCGAGAUCUGGGGAAAUAGUUAUUGGUGGUGUUGAUAAAGAGAAAUAUUUGGGAAAGUUGAAAAGAUUGAAAGGCGGGGGUAUGGUGGGUGUGGUGAGGAGCCCUGAAGUUAUGGUCAAGACGGGAAGAGAGGAAAAGUUUGGGACGGGAGGGUCGGAGGGUUGGGCAUUUUUGGCAGUUGAUACUAGUUUCCUCUGGCUUCCUCAACCGAUAAUCUACAACAUAAUCUCCGCCUUCCCGGUAGCUACCUUUGAUCUUCGACCUGGCGGAAGAUCCUUUGUGGUAUAUACUGUCCUGUGUGACACCAAGUUUAAUCCGUCAUGGGUGAUACAAUUUACAUUCGAGGGAGUGGCGAUAGAUGUACCCUUUAAUCAUUUGGUGACGCCGAUAGAAGUUCCCGCGAGUGGGGGUUCCGGAAUGGGUAAGAGGUGUGUUCUGGCAAUACAGCCGAAUGAUGGACGGUAUGUUUUGGAGGGGUAUGAGCUUUCAUCGGCGUACGUACUCCUCAACUCGGAAGAGAAUGUAACAGCCAUAGCAAUUUCGAAACCCAAUGCUAUCUCCCGCUCUAUAGUUCCCUUUGGGGGGCCAUUUGGGACGGAUAUCGAAAGUGUCGAGUCGACCCCUUCGUCUCUCACGUCCAAUUCUCAUUCAUUACAGGGAAAUAGAGGCCCAGGUACUGGUGUAAUAGUUGGAGCUUCUAUAGCUGGGGCUAUUAUUUUAAUAAUAGCUUCUCUCGGGGUGUUGUUUUUUAGGAGGAAGAGGAAGAAAAAGGGGAAUAGGAGGGAAGACUGCGCGAUAAUGGAAUGGGAUAGGGUAGAAUUACCAGCUGGGGAAUAUAGAGCUGGGGAGGACUAUUUGAGGGAGGAGGAACGGUUCUCGGAUUUGAAGAAGAGGAGGAGUGAGGAGGUCCCACUUGAGGGGAGGGAGGAGCUGGAUACAUAUAAUCCGAGGGCUAUUAGGGAAGGGGCUUACGAAUUGCCUGCACCGAUGCAUCCUGAUGAUAUGCAUAUUGGGGUCGCUAGCUAG